UUAAUAAUCAAACGCAGUUCAAAUUCCCGCUCGCAGCCGCAGCCGAGGGUUUCUCUUUGGUUCCCAGUUCUUCGAUCGAGGAAUGGAGGUGGCCGAGACCACGGGAUCGAUCCCGUUUCAGCUCCAGUUCGAUAAGCCCAUCGCCUUCCAGGUCAAGAUGGCGGAGUGGAAUCCGGAGAAGGAUCUGCUUGCCAUGGUCACCGACGACUCCAAGGUCCUUCUUCAUCGGUUCAACUGGCAGCGGCUCUGGACUGUUUCUCCAGGGAAAUCUGUUACAUCUCUUUGUUGGCGACCUGAUGGCAAAGCAAUAGCAUUUGGUCUUGAAGAUGGUUCCAUUUCACUAUAUGAUGUUGAAAAUGGUAAAUUGUUAAGAAGCGUCAAAUCACACAGUGCGGCUGUUAUAUGUCUUAACUGGGAGGAGGAUGCACAACUGGAUAGUAAUAAUACAGUCUAUACCUAUGAGGAUCGUACAACACGUUUUUUUCCGCCCCCACCAAGAAUUCCUCAAAUAUCUGGUCUGGGUUCCGGAGAUUCUGGGCUUAUGGAUGAUCUUGAAGAUUCAUUCCAAGAACUAACGACUUCAUCUCAUCAACAUUUUAACAUUCUCUGCAGCGGAGAUAAGGAUGGUUUCAUUUGCUUUAGCAUAUUUGGAAUUUUUCCAAUUGGAAAUAUUAACAUUCAAAGGUUGUCCAUCUGUGGAUCACUUCUGGACAAACAAACCACUUAUCAGCUGCUGAAUGGCUCUAUACAAAAGGUAGCUCUCUCAAAAAAUCUUUGUCAACUGACUGUCAUGAGUUUUGGAGAGUUAGUUGAUGGCAGCUUGUUAGCAGAACGCACAUGCGUGUCCAAGCAUGGAAAUGAGGGUGAAACUCAGAUGUCACUACAUGAAGAAAACUCACCCAUUGGCUUAAAUUGUUUGCUUCUUAAUACCUCAAUAUUUCUUAAUAGACAAAGUGAGCUUCAUCAGGUCGCUCAACAAGCAUCUAGUAUUGAAGAUUUAGUAGAGGUUGUUCGUGCGUCGCUUUCCGUGAUGUCCAAGCAAUGGUCUGAUGCCAUGCACGCCUUUCAUGAAAAAUUUGACUCAUUGUCGUCUUUGAUCAUUGACCAUGGGCUAGAUUCUAGUCCUCCUGAGGAGUUUCUAAGCCUUCUUUAUGGUUCUCGAACAAGUCCAGCACUUCACCAAUUUCUAGUUAACUCACUUGGUGAAGCGGGAAUUAAACGUGUUGCUAAGGCUGUUGAUAGUGCUGGAAAAGAGCUUCAGACUAUCAUAUGUGAACAUCUGCAGCCAGCUGUAGAAAUUAUUGCAUUUAGAAUUGGAGAGUUGAGAGGUCUUUCAAGGUGGAGAACACGAUUCCUGUGUGUUGGACUGGAUGAGGAACUUAUUGGUAGUGCAACUGAGAAGGCUGGAAUGUUGCUUCUACAAGUUGAACGCUUCUUGAGAGUGCUUGCUAUUGUCAUGUAUCAGUUUCAUAAUUUCUUUACAUGGGUUUUAAAAUGUACAAAGAUACUGUUAUCAGAGCCAACUGAUCAAAUUCAGCCACCCAACAGUGAGCUGGUAGUUAUAUUCUUGAAGUUUCUUCUCAACCAUGAUCCAGUUGGACAGCUGUUGGGGCUUUCUGGAGCAAACUGCGAUAUUGAAGUUGAUUUGGAUACAAUGCAGCGAGUUGAACAACUUGUGAUGUUUGGAGGGUUUUCAGAUACUAAACUCUUAACGAGGACCUUGGCUAAAGAGUUUAAUCAGCUUGAACAAUGUCUAAAGGAGGCUUUCCUAAGGCCAUUUGCCGUUAUUUCCGAGAAGAUAAGUUGUGAAGACUUGCUUCCAUUGUACCCUGUUCCAUCUUCACCUGCAUUCUCCUUGUUACAUGCGCCGACAUCAAUAUCCUACUUUAAGGCAUCCCACCAUAGCCUCGUGGAUUAUGUAUGCUUCAGAAUGCCUGAGGAAUCAUUGGAGUUAAUGAAUUAUGUUGGUGUAAUAAGGGGAUUUUCAAAUUACAAAGAUUCAAUUGAGAAUGGAGAAACUGGACCAGAUGGUGUUUUGCUAUGUAUACCAGAUGAAUAUCACUGUGUAGAUGUUGCCCUUUACAAGGAUAAUCAGAUUGUUUUAUUGCUCAAUGAAGCAAUAUCGAGUACAGAAAUCCCUGAAAGAUCUUGGAUGAUGAUGAUAGAAACCAACGGUCUUCCCUUUGAACCUCUUUCCAGAUCUAGAUCUGCUGUUGCAGGCUUCUGGAAGCUACUUGAGUUAAAGGAUUUAGCAGUGAACUUGUCCUUGGAAAUUGGCAAGGUUCGAUGUAUUCCGCACCUUGCAACUGCUCCUCUGGCUUUAAGCGCUUCCAGAGGAGUUGCUUGUGUCUUUGCCUCUAGAAAACAUGCAAUGGUUUAUAUUCUUGACGAGGAUGAGGAUGAAAGUUCUGAUAUGGAAUGAUUCUCAUCUGCUCAUCAUCAUCAACAUAUGAUCUUAUGCCCAACUGAUUGCAUCUCCAGCUUCAACUAUUGAAGCACAAUUGCAAAAUUUCCAUAGCUCCAUAGAGAGAAAUUGUAAAAACUAGUACGAUAUGAGGAGGCAACACAAACUCCACUAAAAAGAUAUGCUAAGAAUGAAAUCUCAUGCUGGGAAAACUCAAAUAUGUCAUUCAUAUUGAGUGAAUUUGGUUUCCUUAAAGCACGUUGGUACCAUGAUAUUCUUUAUGAACAAUGUUUUGUAAUUAUUCA